AUGCCAGAGAAUGAUGGCUUGAUGCGCAUAUUCUGGCCGGCCGACCUGCCACGAUCCGACCUGAGGGGUGUGGUGGUGGGGUGGAGGAACUCGGCCCUGGACGUGUUUGUGCUGGCCAUUCUGGAAGAGGUGGAGCCCCGAAACGUCGACAGCGCCUUGAAGCUUGGCACCCUCACGCGAAACGCGCCCCAUCCAGUAAGCCGCAUCUAUGAGCUGUGCGGGCAGUCGUCUCUGCAUAUUUUGGGACUGUCGAAUACUUCAGACGACGUACAGAUCGACCCAUCAUGGAUCCGAGCGACGACCGGGCCGAGCAUACGUGUACCGAUAAUCACAUGCGCCAGGGCCUCGAAUAUUCAGAUCAUACUCUUCGAACGACCUUUUCCCGGAAGGAUGCAGUACAUCUCCUUGAGUCCCAUAGCUCUGGCCCUGGGCGACAAGCAUGAGACAUUCAGGAUCGGUCUUUCAGACGGCGCCGAGGAGGCCGACGAACGAGAGGAGCGGCUCAAAAAGGAGAAGAAGAAAAAACUGGUCGAGAAAUUGAAGCAACACUCUAUAUUCAAGCGGACCCCGUCGGCCAAAGAGAGAGCGCUGCCCAAAAUUGUGAAUCAAAUCAACUGGGCGCGGGAGCUCGAGAAGCUGAUGCAGAAGAAUGUCUCGAGGAUAGGAACAAGGCCCAAGAGAAGUUUGAGUGUGUCUGAGAGGGUUGUUGAAUCGGCGACAACCAUGCGAGACAUAAUACUGGUAUGGCUAUGGAACUUGGUGACGGUCUAUGUCCUGCCCGUUAUCAAGAAGCUGUUCGUGAUCGGGCUGAUGGCGCAUCGGAUCGCUGCCGAGGUGCUCUUGACGGUGCUCGAGUGGCGGGCUCGACCAAAAUAUGCUGCGCUGAAGGACAUAUCUGCCACAGCCCAGCAAGUCGAGAUUCGGCUUCAGCAGUUUUGCUACUGGCCGAUGCAGUAUGUAACACUGCGGCUUAGGAAAAACGACUGGGAGAGUGUUACCACCAGCCAUCCCGACUACAUUCGCUUCUACAACAGCUUGUGGUUGGUAGCCAAUGAUGUUAUCAUUGGUAUUGCGUUGGGGUCAUACGUCAUCGACAAUUCCAGCUGGCUUGCGGAUGAGAUCAGCCACCUCUUGACGCAGUACACGGUCGAGGCUCUGCAGAGCAGUAUUUCGUGGCUCAUGGGAUGGCCAGCGGGGCUGAAGCUCAACAGCGAACUGGCAUUGUUUCUAGGGGAUUUGUUUCUGUGGGUUAUUGAGUACUGGUCCAGUUGUAUUGAGACUCUCCGUCCGGUUCUACCUCACAUGAUUUGGUUUAUUGGUUUCUCCAGCUUUGCCGGAGCCAGCAUGCCAAUCGCCUUGUUCUCGGAUCUGACAUCGAUCUUGACGAUACACAUUUAUUCGUUCUACUUGGCAUCUGCGAGGAUCUACCAUUGGCAGCUCAACAUCCUGAUCUCGCUCUUCCACCUAUUUCGCGGCAAGAAGCACAAUGUACUGAGGAACCGCAUCGACUCGUGCGACUACGACCUGGAUCAGCUGCUGGUUGGCACCAUUCUUUUCACCUUGCUCUUCUUUUUGCUUCCAACCGUGGUGGUAUUCUACCUUAAUUUUGCCAUCGCCCGCAUGGUCAUCAUAUCGCUCAAGGCGGUUUUCGAUACCAUGCUUUCAUUUUUGAAUCACUUUCCACUUUUUGCGCUUAUGUUGAGGAUCAAAGACCCUGGGAGGUUACCAGGCGGAAUUCGUUUUGAACUUCGAGAUACCCAAGAAAUUAGACACGGCGUUAAUGACACGACGAAACCAAUACCUUCGACUUCUGUAAUUCACUUGAAGUCCAUACCCCUGAGCUUCAAAGCCAUGUUCCAUCAGUACUUUCAGAUGGGACACCGCAUCCGAAAACACUACUUGUCCCCGCGCGUAUUGCUCUGCCUACUCACAGGCAAAUUUGUGCCACCGCUUGAUCGCAGAAACUUGUACAGUCUGCAGUACAGCAUGCUUCCAGCACGCAGAGCCGGCAUCAUGGAGAUGUGGGACGCGGUCAACUCGCUGCCGUCUCCAAAGCGGAGAACGGCACCGCUGUAUAUACCCGCAUUGGCCAACGGGAGGAGAUAUCCGAGUAAUUCUGGCGGUGGGAGGUCACGAAGUUAUGGGUAGGGCAAGCAUGCGGUAUAGGUAGAAAAAAGGCUGGGGUAGGUUAUAUAGGUUUUCUCUAGAAAUAUAUAUAUAUAUAUAUAUAUGAAUAUAUAUAAUACGGGGCA